AUGGCCGACAUUCCCACUGUUUCUCCCGGAGCAGUUGCGGUUCAUGAGUAUCUCCGUGCCCAGACACUUUUUAUAUUGAUGUACGCUUACAUUACAAGACCAAAUAUCUACGCCUUCUUCUCUGUGAUUUUGACCCUGAUCUUCUACGAAUCGUCAAACAUAGGCUUGUAUGUCUUUUUAGUUCUUGCUGUGGCUUCGGCACCCAUCAGUUGCUACUAUCUUAGCCGGAGCUACCUUCUUCUCAACUUGUUGACCUACUUUCCCUACGACUCUAACAGGCAGGAGUGGCAAGAAAUAGCAAGCUUUGUUCUUCCGUGGGUGGGCGUCGUCGUUGCUUAUUCGAUCCAAUUUUUCCACCAGAGAAAGUACGGCUAUAUGACACCGAUAGGCCGGUUCUUGCGGAACAUCCGUGCGAUGCAAAUGGGGCGUGUCUAG